AUCGAUAGUGCGGUGAUUAUUGACGCCCUGGUCAACAGCUGUUCGCUACACGUGAUUGUGCAAUUGUUGUUGUUGUUGUUGCUGAUGCCGUUGUUGUUGUAGAUGCUGCUGCUGCCCAAGCGUCCAUUUAACCACUUUGGAAGUCGUUUUGAAUUAUGUACAUUUAAAAUUCAUAGAAAAUUCUAAAUUUAGUAUGUGCUCAACGAUUUGAAUAAUCAAAAUUUCAAAAUUUACAACUAUUUCGGUCCAACUACCACCACUCAAUAAAAUGGACUCCUAAGACUGAAGAAGAAGAAGAGGAGAUCAUGCAAAUUCCAUUUCAAGCGAUUAGCCAGAAUAAGACGAAGAAGACAGCAACAACAGCGGAAGAGAGUUAACAGCAAUAACAACAACAACAACAAGUAAAGAUGCACUUCCUGCGACGCAAAUUGCGCACACUUCUCAGUCUGGGCAGCCGCAGCAUACGAAGAAAAGUUGCCAACUCAACCGGAUCUGGGGCGAAAGCCGAUGUUCGAACUGGAAUGGUACAAAAGAUGCGUGAAUGGCAUACAAAUGCUUUUAGCAAUAAGUUUUUGCUAUUCACAAAUGUUGGCAUCUCAUUGACGCUCAGCUCCGUCGGCGAUAUACUCGAACAGCAGCUGGAGCUGUACAACGAGGAGAUUGAUGAAUACAGCAGCACACGCACCCAACAUAUGGCAACCAGUGGCGUUGCCGUCGGCAUCAUCUGUCACUAUUGGUAUCAGCUACUGGACAAAUAUCUGCCCGGUCGCAGUAUGCGUGUGGUUGCCAAAAAGAUUGUGCUCGAUCAGUUCAUCUGUUCGCCACUGUACAUAUCGGCGUUCUUUGUGACGCUGGGCAUACUGGAGCAGAAGGAUGCACAGGAGGUGUGGACGGAGAUCAGGGAGAAGGCAUGGAAACUGUAUGCAGCCGAAUGGACGGUCUGGCCGGUGGCACAAUUUAUCAAUUUCUAUUGGAUACCCACACACUAUCGCAUCUUCUACGAUAAUGUGAUUAGUUUGGGUUACGAUGUGUUCACCUCCAAGGUGAAACAUGCGCAAUCUCAUCUGCCAAUUGCUGCUGCCGUCGCCUCAUCCUCCGCCGCCAGCGCCGCUGCUGCCAAGAAUCUAAAGACGCAACAUAUUUAAUUUAAUUUAAUUUAUUAUGCAAUGCAUCUUGUAAAUAUAAACAUUUUGUAAAUAAGGAUCUUGAGGCCAGUGUGAAUCGAACCAAAGAUGUGCCUUGAUGUUGCCGGCCGAGCAGCUCUUCCAAUAAAUGGGCCAAAAUACGAUGAUACAAGCAACAAACAGUCUAAAAACAUGUCUUUAGCAACACAAACUAGCACUAGUUCCACGAGUAUUUCAAAUCCACGCCUGAUGCAAUUUUCUGGUCCACAAAAAUAAAUAAAAAAAAACCCGUUUGUAAAAUGCUAAAUGUGCUUAGUUCUUAGGGGGUAUUAUAUUUAUGUCGUGCAAUUUGUAACCCCUUGCAAGAGAUGUCUCCGAACCCAUAAUGUAUUUAUAUAUAAGUUUGUAUAUCUUACUCAAAUAUCCGUCUAUCUGUCACAGUUUUAAAGCUAAAUUGAUGUAACUCUUCGUUGAUCCUAUAAAGUAUAUAUAUUGAUCCGCAGCAACAGUGGAGGCGUCAUUCUAAACCAAACAAUCAAAUCGAUUUCUGAUAGCAAUAAAACACGGCUUGUGCCGAUGAACAUAACUAAA